AUGCUGCCCUGGAAGAUGGUCAUUGUUGGUGUUUUCUACAGCUGCAUCCGAACAGGUGUCUCACGAAGUCGGACUAAAGCACUAUUCCCAGCUUCACGCAGAAUAAAGCGAGGGUUGGAAAGUCUGGUGAACCCCAACUUCCACAAUUCCUUUGAUGAUGUUCAUUUAUUAUUUGAGAUCCUGCUGGCAGGCACACAUUUUGAGGCCAGUGGAGCGUUUUCGGUGCAAGAUGCUGAGCUUGCUUCCCUCCGCAAGACAAGAAAUAUGGAAGUCAUAUGUGAGGAGAUCAUUCCCAGGAAGCUAACAGAUGUAUUUAGGCUCAUCUCUGGCCUUUCAAAUCACAUUGGUCACCUACAUCAGGACGAUUUUGAACGCACCCUGUUGACCUUGGUGUACACCGCCCAGGGGAUGGCUAAUUCCAGUACUGAACACCAACAAGGCUUAUGGGCUGAUUCUUUUGUUAGUUUGUACAAAGCAAUCAAGCAGGAUCUGACAGUGACAAACUGA